CGUCUUGACGUCAGACGCACAUUCGGAAAAGAAGCGCGACAUGAGAAACGACCAGAGAGCUAGCCUCAUUUAUUAAGUCUCGUUUGCUGAAGCUUAUGAAACGGGGGCCGUUUGUUUCAGGAUGUCGCUGCUGAAGCCGUUCAGCAAGCUGCCGGGUUUGAACUCGGCGAACAUCUUGCUGGUGGAGAGCAAGGAGGAGUUUCAGCAGAGUUUGGCCGACGCUCUGGUGCAGGAGACGGCGUUCACUGUCAAUGUGAGACUGGCCAAGAGUCUGCCUCUGCCAAUGGAGAACGAGGAGAGCCGUCCGAGGAUAGACCUUGUGGCGUUCAUCAUCGACCUGACCUCCGAGCUCAGUUUCCAGUCGACAGAAGCUUCCCUGAAAUGUUUGGACCCUGGAUAUUUCCUUGGAAAAGUCUGCUUCAUGGUCACUAAUGCUCGUAAUGCUGCAGCCCCCAUCGAGCGCCUGGAUGCUGUCAGAAAGCUGGCUGCGUCGCUGCACUGCCCCCUGCUGUUCACGGAGGAUCAGCGUUGUGUGAUGUUCUCCCCCCUCCAGACACCAGACGGUGUGACCAACGCCACGGAGAGGCUGCUGACCAUCCUGAAGGUUGCAGCCGGCCUUGUUCCCAUGGCUACCGCUCUCUACCUGUCCAACCUGACCCGCAGCACCGUGUCCCCGGAUAUCGACCAGCCGAGCUUCGAUUAGUCCCCCACCCCCGGCUGUUUCCUCUGGAGGGAGGUCUUGUGUGUGUUUAUAUAUUUAUUUGUAGUAGCGGACGCUUCCAAACUGACAACACGUUCGCAUGAUAUUUCCUUCUUGUCAUUUCACAUUACAUGUUUGUGCCUUUUGGUAGUGAUGUGUUCUUUGGUGUCGAGGCUUCGAAGCGUGUGUCGAGUAAUCAGGAAGAUUGUUGUGAAGCGCGUGUCGAGGCUUGUGUUAAUGACGUAUGUGAUGACGUUCGUAGCCUCGCGAGCCGGCCGUACCACGUGACUGAUUCAGAAGAUGGUUUGUAUUUGGUGCGCGAUUCGCAAUAAAAGGGGCAGCGAAACGCACAUUUUGUGGACUUGGGACUUUAUUGGGCAUUUGUUUGCAAAGUAUUCAAGCUUCUUUUUUUGCGAUGGAACCAGCAAGAAAGGAGAUGUUCGCCUGAACAUUUUGAGCUGUUCUCUCUUAAUAAAAAAGUAUGCACGUAGUAA